AUGAAUGGAUUGUGUUGUUGUACACCAUGCAAGCCAAGAUAUCGGAGAUUGGUGGAUUCAAUAUAUCCACGGGCAGUUACCGAUGGAUUACUCCAUUCCAAUAUGCAGAAGCUGACAUUUUAUGCUAUUUCUCAUCCGGAAAAACUUGAAAGAAUUGGAGAAUAUCUAGUGAUGAGAAUGGUUCGGGAUUUGAAUCGACAGCGUCCUGUUCAAGUCAAGAUAGCAGUUGAAGCGAUGGAUCAACUUCUUCAAGCAUGUCACAGUUCGCCUAGUCUUCCGCAGUUCAGUGAGAAUCAUUUGAGAAUGGUUCAACGACUGUUGGAGAGCAACAAUGCAAAAAUGGAGCAACUGGCCACUGACUCAUUCGUCACAUUUUCCAACAUAGAAGAGAGUUCACCGUCCUAUCACCGCCAGUACGACUUCUUUAUUGACAAGUUCUCUCAAAUGUGUCACGCCAAUCCGCAAGCUGCAUAUGGAGAAGAUUUCCGAUUAGCGCGUUGUGCUGGGUUGAGAGGUCUCCGAGGAGUUGUGUGGAAAUCAGUAACCGACGAUCUUCAUCCGAAUAUUUGGGAGCAGCAGCACAUGGAUAAAAUCGUUCCUUCUAUAUUGUUCAAUCUUCAAGAACCUGAUGAUAAUGGUGGAUUUUCUUCGUCUCACAUUCCGAAAUUUGAUAAUAACUUUACGGAUUCGACACAAUCUCACAGAGGAGACGAUGAAGCUACACCGAAAGUGCUCUCGGAUCGUUGUUUGAGAGAGUUGAUGGGAAAAGCUUCAUUUGGGUCCUUGAGAGCAGUUAUCGAGCCAGUUCUGAAACAUAUGGAUCUCCAUAAACGUUGGUCGCCACCUCCAUCAUUUGCCAUUCACGUAUUCCGAGCAAUUAUCUACAGUAUUCAAAGUCAAAACAGCUAUUUUGUGAUACAAGAGCUGAUUAAUCACUUGGACAGUAUGUGUUCAGCUGAUGCAUCCACAAGAAUUGGAAUCGCUACAGUUCUCUCAAGCAUUGUUUCGAUUGCUGGAACAUCUAUCGGCCCACUUUUGCUCUCAAUUUUCAAUUCUCUUCUCAAACAUCUUCGCACUUCUGUUGAUUUUGAAAGAAGUGGAAAAUGUAGUGAUCAACCAGCUGAGAAGAUGUAUCAAGAAGCUUUAAUAAAUGCUAUGGGAGACUUUGCAAACGCUCUUCCUGACUAUCAAAAAGUUGAAAUGAUGAUGUUCACAGUUGGAAAUAUUCCGAAUCUUGAUGAAAGAAAAUCAAAGCAAGGAGAAGAAUUCUUGCAACAUGUCCUUGUCAAAACCCUUCUCAAAGUUGCCACCAAAUACAGAACUGCCUAUUUAGCCACAGUAUUCACUGAUUCAUUCCUGGAUACUCUUCUACGCCUUGCCUUGGUUCGUGAUCCGCAAGUUCGAUUGGCUACCCAACAGAUUUUCCAUACUCUCCUUGAUAGACACGACAAUGCUGCGAAUCUCGUUCAUCUCGGAUACGAGUUAGAUGUUGCUGAUGUACAGUUAACCGUCGAGAAAUGCUCAAGAGCCGAUCAAAUGUUCAUGAGAAAGCACAUUGGCGAUAUCACCUAUAUGCUAUGGAGAGCUGCUGCUGCUGCAGAUGAAACUGAUCUCAGCACGCACGCUGAUGCAAUUCUAUGCACGAUGAGCUUGUUGUGCAUUGAAUCUUUGGUUGAGCUGUUCCGUCUGUCUAUGGCACUUCAACAACUCGCUUUAGACACUAAACAGAACUUCAGCGAUGCGAAACGAAACAGUAUUCACAAUAUCGUUGCCAAGUAUAUGAAUCUAUCCGCCCAAUUGAUUGCCAAUCCUUCCCUUUGCCAGCAAGUACAACAUGUCGUUGGCUGUCGAGCCCAACGUGGAAUUCCUGGUCUCAACCUUCUUCUCAGUGUCAAGGAAUCCCCGAUGAACGAUGAUCCACUGUCCUCUACCGCUGUGAACGGAACAAUUCCGGAAGGCACGCCCAGGACGAUAACCGAAGGUGAUCAUGCCCUGCUGUUCAAUAUCGAAGAUGUAGCUGAGUCUCUGAAAGCUUCUGGAAAAGAUGCAUCACGUCUAUUUGUGCCGUUCAAUAUGAGUUUGAACGGAAGAGAUGGAAAUGGAGACAGUUGGCAGAGGGAGGAUGGACAGAACUUUGAUUCGACGGAUGGCAGAGAAUCGCCUGAUGGAUACAAGACAGUUGGUAUUGAUGAUGUUUCGGUUGAUAUGUCAGUUGAUUGGACACCGCCGAUUAGUAGAAAACAGAGCAGAAGAAAUACGAUAUUCUCAAUUGUCAAUCCGCCAAAACUCAACGCAUCAACUGUCGAUGAUCUCAAAGCAUAUGCUAAUGCUUCAUUCGAUCCAAUCGAAGAAGAUAGAAAAGAGAAAGAGCUCACUGGAAGUAUCCUUUCCGAAAUUCGGAAUACCGACUUCGAAGAACGAGUCAAUACUAAUGAAUCUCUGAAUGAGAGAGGCGAUUUGUCGAAAUCCAUCGCUCGUCUUUUGGUUCGAAAUGGAGAAACAACAAAAGUUCGAGACAUCGGAAGACCGACUAAGCCGAAAAAUGUCUUUGAGAUCGAGCUGCCAUCUUUUGCAUACUGA